CAUUUGUAGCCCAAAAUUGCUGACAAAAUUCCCAACAAAUUUCAGUUCCAAUGGAUAACAAAAGCAAAAGUGGCCUCAAACGUGAAGGCAACAAUCCAACGCCAUAUGAUGGCUGUGAUCUUUUGUGCACAAGUCCAACCAUCAUGAAAUUCAACGCGCCCUACAAUAGCAGCCAGAGGCGUAUUCUGACCCUAAUGAAUCUCUUUCCGCAGCCAGUGCUCUUCAAGUUGAAGUCAAAUGCGGCGAAACAGUACCACGUGGAACCCUGCACCGGCCGGGUAAAUCCCUACAGCAGCUGCGAGGUCAACAUUACCUUGAAGUACUUUGACUUCGAUGCCGAGUGCCAGUACAAUCAUCGCUUCAUUAUUCAGUCGAUCGUGUGCCCGUUUAGUGUUGUCCAACAGGACACCAACUCCAUUCUGGCCUUCUUUAAGCAGAUUUGCCGCUCGAGGCUUUCGACUGCGCGCAUCGACGUUGUUCUGGAGACCGAUCCCGUGUCGCCUCCAGCCAAGUCUCCACUGGACUCUGUGGCCAAGGGACUGCGAAAGGCCUCACAGCGUGUGAUUGCCAGCCAGGUAGCAUCUCUGGUAUCAAACCGCCAGCAGGAGACCGACAAUGAGGUCCAUGUCUGCAAUCAUACCAACACAACCACUGAGCCCCUUAAUGGAUCCGAUUCGCUUCUGUUUACCAUUCGUGCAAAAUUCCGUCUAACCCUGAGCGAGUUUCCAAAUAUGUUUCAGUGCGUCGUACUGUGCGGAGCCGUAGUUGCAGUUUUAGUGCUUUUAGUGCUGAUGAAUCCUGAGGAUAUAGAUGAGGUUUAUGAAAUAUACUAA